CUCCACCGAACGAACGACAAUGGCUAAAUAAUUCCAUUAGGUCCGUGAGAUUACGGAUAUCAACAAUCCCAAAGAGUGGGAGACAGUGGUGGGACUGAAUCGUAAAUUACGUGAAGGAGUGUUUGCGUCUGGAUGGAGCGAAGGCGAUCUUGAUUUUGCAGUAUCAGUCUUUGAAAGAUCGAUUAUCUGUAGUUUGCGAGCGCGUGACUACAACGAAUUGAUGAAAAGCUUGAACGGUUUGGUCAAUGAUCUGUACGCAGCGCACAAGGAAUACGUCAAUUCUUAUUAUACCACUCUCCAUAUUCUCUUUACCGCUUGCUAUAUGCGGCAACUACGACCAGCCAUUGAUCGCAUGACCACGCUAAAACAGGACGCUGAAGGGCGGUUUGCGAAAAAUGUCACCAAUAGUAUGAUUCACAAGAAUGGACCCCAAUUCUUUCGGCUUUAUCGAGAAACACCUUAUGAAUCUUAUCGCAUUAUCAUGGCCCACUACACAGACGUCAUGCGGAAUUAUGUCAUUAGAGUCCUCCGUACUUCGUAUAUGUCCGUGCCUAUGGAUUUAGCACUAGAAUGGCUCGAUAUCGACGAGGAUGAACAAGUCAUUGUGAGUUUCAACGGAGUAUUCCAGCCUAGCUGUAUAGAGAAGGUAGACCAACGGAUCAUUCAUUUUCAACGGCGCAAUAAAAAGAGAUCGACGGUGUGAUUGGUCAAAGGCUAUUUGGAAAACAAACAACCAAUAUGGAAUGCAUCCGUUAUCGGGCAACUCCUAUCAAUCCAUCCAUCGCACACGCCAUGUGACCCUUAUAAGAGACAAAUGGUGCGGUGCAUUCACACUGUUUAAACU